AUGUCGUGGUGGGACAAAUACUUCGCUCCUGGUGACAUUCGUCACUCACAAUCCACACCAUCAAGUGUACCAUCACCAACAACAACAACAUCGAAUCCGACCAAAGCAGAAGACACCACAAGUCCGUCAGCACAAAAAAGUCCUCUCGCACCUCGCUUCACCGAGCGCGCCUCAUCGUCCACCCGUCAACUCCGCCAAGAUGCGCUCCUCUACGGCGGCCUCGCCUUCACCCUCCUCAGCGCCCUCGUAACACGCCGUUCCCUCGCGCGAAAACACAUUGCUGCCUAUCCGCAAAUGAUCAAGACUCCCAUUCCCUCCCCUUCCGGAACGGGCACCGCGAAAACCCAGCUCUCCCUCCCCACGUUCACUCCCUCCAACAUACCUCCCAAAGUUGAAGGCGGCCUCGAUGCAGCCGAAGCUCUCGGUCUGGCUACUCUUUCGGUCUUUUCGGUCUUUAUGGCCGGGACAGGGUUGUUCAUGAAAUGGAAUAAUAUUGGCGAUGUAGAGGAUCUUCGCGAUUGGGUCCGAGCUGGAGUCGGGUAUGAUGUUUACGGAGGAGAGACAGAAGCUGACAAGGAGAUUGAGGCUUGGAUGGCGGAGGUUUUGGCUCGGAAGGAUGGGGUCGGCGAUUUGAAGACGAGUGUGUUGGAGAAGAUGCAGGAGUUGGCGGAGAUCGACAAGAAGAAGUAUCAGGCAGAGAAGGAGGCGAGGGACGUAGGAGCUGGGACGAGGGAGAAGAAGUGA